AAAAAACCUGCUGAGCCCGUGCCCUGCAAGCACAAUAUUUGAGUUGGGAUCUGGGGCGGGCACCAGGUUUUGCAAAUCAGAAGACAAACUCACAUGCUGCUUGACACACGGGAGAGCCCAGAGAAGAGCAGCAAGGCUUUGGGAAGGAGGCUCCUAGCUUUGUCCCUCCAGCAUCAGCACCAUGCACUGGGCCACCAUCCUGAUCAUCCUUGGGCUCUGGGGGUUCUCCCUGGGUCAAUACAAUGAAGAAGAAGACAUGGCUUGGCUCCAGUACUACCUGCGCCAGUCCCGUUUGUCCUCCUACAACUACAUGCCCUACUACGAGGAUGAGAACCCCCCUUAUGUCUACUCCUACCUCCCAGCUCCAGAGAUGGAGGCAGAGCCCGGCCCUGAACCCCAACAAGCCCCUUCCUGGCAAUGUCCCCAGGAGUGUGAUUGUCCCCCUAACUUCUCCUCGGCCAUGUACUGCGACACCAGGAACCUGAGGUACCUGCCCUUUGUGCCUUCCCGGAUGAAAUACGUCUACUUCCAGAACAAUCGGGUCACUUCUAUCCAGGAGGGGGCUUUUGACAAUGCCACGGAGCUGGAAUGGCUCGCGCUGCACAACAACCAGAUCAGCAGUGAGAAGAUGGGCAAGAAGGUCUUUGCCAAGCUCAAAAGGCUGGAGAGGUUGUACAUGAACAACAACAACCUAACCAAGGUGCCCAGCCCCUUGCCACGGACCCUGAGAGAGCUCCACUUGUCUUAUAAUCAGAUUUCCAAGGUCCCCUCCAAUGCUCUGGAGGGUCUGGAGAACCUCACAGCCCUGUACCUCAGCCACAAUUUCAUUUUUGAGAUGGGAGCCUCUCUCAAAGAGCUCAAGUCCUUGAUCCUUGCUGACCUGAGCUACAACCACCUCAGAAAAGUCCCUGAUGGGCUCCCAAUGGCUUUGGAACAGCUCUACCUAGAAUACAAUUACAUCAACACCAUCCCUGAGGACUAUUUCAAGGUCUCUCCCAAACUGCUUUAUGUACGGAUGUCCCACAAUAGCCUGACAAACCAAGGGCUCUCUACUGACACUUUCAACAGCAGCAGCAUCCUGGAGCUGGACCUCUCCUACAACAGGCUCCAGAAGAUCCCCAGGGUCAACACCAACCUGGAGAACCUCUACCUUCAAGGCAACCAAAUCAAUGAGUUCUCCAUAAGCAGCUUCUGCUCCGUGGUGGAUGUCAUGAACUACUCCAGGCUCCAGGUCCUGCGGUUGGACGGGAACGAGAUCAAGAGGAACUCGGUGCCUCCGGACGCUCCCCUCUGCCUGCGCCGUGCCACCAUCAUCGAGAUAUAACCUGGCCCCCUCCUCCAGCCCCCUCCCCAGCCUCAGGACUUGGCUCUCCCCUUCCUGGGGAGACCCUGACUCCCAUUUUAAUGCAGCUUGGCAGCGUGACUUGGCUUCUGCAGCAGCACAAGAAGGGUCCCGCAGCACCGGUCCACACGGCUCAACCAUUUGUCCCCAAACACUCCCUGGUCCCAGCUCUCUGGCCACUCAGGGUGGGAAAGGUCCCAGCAUGGUUCUCCUUCUAACCUUACCACAUCCACCUCUUCUCCCCUGGUUUAGGUGGGAUGAAGCCAGGAUGGGGAGGAAGCUCAGUCCACCUCCAAAACGUGGCACUGAGCGGCUGUGGGGUGCAGCAGGAAGGGUUCAGGUGUGGGUCCUGCAGAACCAGCAGAUGGGAACCAGCUCCUGGGAGGAACAUAUGGGAGGUUGGGGGUUACAUGAGUAAAGGGUUAAAGAUUUCUUGGCUGCCAGCAUCCCUCAGUCUAGGAGGUGGAAGACCAAACCCACACUCUUUCCCCUCCAUCUUUUUCUCCUUCAACCAGCUCCAGAGAUUAAGGAGAGGAAUCUUUCCUGAUGAUGCCAACCAGCUUUCAACUGCUGAGGUUAGAGAGAAACACCCUGAGAAACAGCCUGUUCACAGGCCUUGGCCAAGGGUCUCCUAUCCAAGGGUCUCCCAUUCAAGGGUCUCCCAUCCAAGGGUCUCCCAUCCUCCUCCCAGCCCACUGGCUCAGGGCAGGACCAGGGUCCAGGGAUGGAGCAGUUCCUGGUGCUGUCACCCCCAGCUGCUGGGGGAUCCCCCACAUACCCAGCUCCAUCCCACCCAUCAGCAUGGCUCCAAGCUCCCUCCCAGCUCAAACCCUAAACCCCACAAAGUGACAGUGACAUCUGCAGCAGCAGCAGCACCUUGGAGUUCACCCAAACCACCCAGCUUGGUUCCUUGGAUGGUUUAAGCCUGAGAAAACCAAAGGGGCAGCUGAGCUUUGGAGAUGACCUCCUCCAGACCCUCCUCAUUUAAACUGCAUGCUAACACUAUAGAAACAAAAACUCCAAAAAAAAAAAAACAAACCCAAAACCUGUACUAUCACCAAAGCAUGAACUGUAGAUUUCAUACCGACCAAUAAAGCCCUUUCUGUAACUGCA